AUGGCCAUGGUGAGUGGGGGCUGGGGAGAUCCCAACGGGGGCACUAACGGGCUAGGGGACAAGAGCUACCUGAGGGGGGAGGAGGAGGACGGUUCACCCCAGGCGGGGGGCAGCGACAUGGAGGCCGGUGAUGACGACAAAGCCUGCGUGGUGGACUGCGUGGUGUGCGGUGAUAAGUCCAGCGGGAAGCAUUAUGGCGUGUUCACCUGUGAGGGCUGCAAGAGCUUCUUCAAGAGGAGCGUCAGACGUAACCUGAGCUACACCUGCAGGUCAAACAGAGAGUGUCAGAUAGACCAACACCACCGGAACCAGUGCCAGUACUGUCGCCUGAAGAAGUGUUUUCGCGUGGGCAUGCGUAAAGAAGCAGUUCAACGCGGUCGCAUCCCACCUCAGCCUAGCCUCAGCCCCUCCAUCACACCUAUAGGUGGCUCCAGCGGCCUUGGAGGCGUGGAGUUCUAUAACAACAACAACAAUGGAGGAAGUGGUGGAGGUCAGCCAGUGUCAGAGCUCAUUUCCCAGCUGCUGAGAGCUGAGCCGUACCCCAGCAGUCGGUAUGGGCACCAGUACAACCAGCAGGCUGGUCCAGAUAAUGCCAUGGGCAUUGAUAACAUCUGUGAACUGGCUGCGCGGCUACUCUUCAGCACUGUGGAGUGGGCCAGGAACAUCCCUUAUUUCCCGGAGCUUCCUGUGUCAGACCAGGUGGCCCUCCUGAGGCUGAGCUGGAGCGAGUUGUUCAUCCUCAACGCAGCCCAGUCGGCUUUGCCGCUCCACAUGGCUCCCCUGUUGGCCGCAGCCGGCUUCCACUCCUCGCCCAUGUCUGCUGAGCGUGUGGUGUCCUUCAUGGACCAGGUGCGGGUGUUCCAGGACCAGGUGGAUAAGCUGACCAGACUGCAGGUGGACUCGGCUGAGUAUAGCUGUCUCAAGGCCAUCGCUCUGUUCUCGCCAGAUGCCUGUGGCCUAACAGACCCGGUCCACGUGGAGUCUCUGCAGGAGAAGGCUCAGGUGGCUCUGACAGAGUACGAAAGGAUGCAGUACCCGAGUCAGCCUCAGCGCUUUGGCCGCCUGCUCCUGCGCCUCCCCGCCCUGCGUGCUGUUCCCGCCAGCCUCAUCUCCCAGCUCUUUUUCAUGCGCCUGGUAGGAAAGACACCCAUCGAGACACUGAUCCGUGACAUGCAGCUCUCCGGAAGUUCGAUCAGCUGGCCGUAUGUCCCAGGACAGUAGCCCCCUGAUGGACGAGGUCUCCGUCUGGGAUUAGUGACGACAAGGACCCACAGGAAACCUCUUGACUCAUCACUAUCCAUCUGUGUGGUUAUCAAACUGCAGUGCCAGCUGGCCGUCAUAUGUACUGUACUGUACCGCUCUAUUCCCCCUCAUGAAAUGAGCUCUCUGUCUCCACAUGAGCCUCCACAGAAGAGGACCCAGUACAAGGCUGGAUCUGUCUUGUUGCCAGCCCUGUCACGCUGGUGCCAGGUCUCAGGCCAGAAAUGAGCUCCUCAUGCUGCGCUCCGAUAUGGCCACCAUAGCCAGUCAUGUCACCACCCACAUGCCACAGUGACUAAAGACGUCGCAGUUUCAUGUAGAGGGCAGCAGCACCCUGCUACAGUCACAUUUAAAGGACAAAACUGUCCUGCCACAGAUUGUCCGCAGAACAUUUUUCCCACACUUGGUUCAUUUUCCAUUUGUGAUGCAGUGACCUUUUUAUCCACAUGACUGAUAACAUUAAAAUACAGUAUCAUUAUUAUUAUAAUGGAUGUUAUUCAACAGUCUGAAGCGUCAGCAGUUGUUCAGUGAACUGAAUACAAGGCACUGUGAGGGUCUCCGCAGGGCCUUGCAGCUGAAGAUGACAUUCUUAGCUCAUGAUGAAUUCACUGCUCUUUUACCUCAGCACUGAGGAAGGAGCAAAGGAACUGCACACAUGACACAGAAAUUAAAUUAAACCAAGGAGAAAUCACCAAAGUUAUCAUAUCAUCCUCAAAGACGGUUUUUAAAUGGACUUACUAGAACACAAAGUAAAGAGAAAGAUGGAUGCACUCUUGUGACUGCUUGACCACCAGAAAUGAACAAUGCAUUUAAAUUCAUUCACAGGGCUCACUGUCGCUGAAGUAGAAGUUUUCUUUUCUUUUUUAAAGCCACAGCUACACAAGAACGGGCUAAUACCUCACUAGCCACAAGAAGGCUUUAGUCUGAUAUUUCGUAAACACAAACCUCUGUAAAUGUCGUUCACCAGAAACCGCCUUCUUUUUGACAACUGCCUUGUUAUUCCGUAUGAAUUUGGGACACCUAUGAAAUAUGAAAUGAGUCUUACAGGCAUCACAAACAUUCGUCUUGUAUCUUUUUUAAAAGAUCCCCAGAAGUAAUUUUCACAUGUCUUUUUGAAUAUGAGUUUGACUGAAGAAAGGGCAGUCUGACACGUACGUAAAUGCGGCUGGGUUCCAGUGUGAAAGACAAUUCAAGAUGAUAAUAAUGAGCUUAGUGAAUAUAGUUGGUGACCAGAGGGUUUAUAAACACCGCCAGUUAAAUACCAGUUUACGACAUUCAAUGCUGUUUCUGGGGGUAAUGAUCCCUCGUGUUGAAAUGUGUAUAUAUUGAGGCCAAUUCUGUUUUUUUGCAUGUUCAAUUGUUGUUUUAAAUCUCUGCUGAAUUGAGAUGGUUUUCAUUCUUUUUACAUUAUGUAAUUCAAGGUUCUUUUGAACAUUUAAGUAUUGCUUUCACUGUUAGCGCCUAAAUGUUUUUUUUCUAUAUGUAUUUACAUGAAAAUACCUCUGUCAUCUGUUCAGAUGUCAAAAAAAGAAGCUUCAUGCCAUUACAGCUGAUAGGACAUAGAUGGAAGAAAGGGAUGUUCAUUCUUGAGUACCUGCUGUUGUGAAUGAUGUGAGACGAUACUGUAAUGGAUGAGGAUCUUGUGGAAAAACUGCACUAGGAGGAUCUUCAAUGCCAAAACGUCACACUAUCUGUCACGAGUUUAAUUAGGACGGGCCCUGAUUCGCUGGUCCACCCGGACUUACCUCACACUGGUAUUUCAAGAGGCAAAUUUACAAUAUCACAAGAAAAGAAGGAAA